CUCCCAAACGACGCUGCGCAGGAAGAAGAAGGAUAUGUGUGAGUUUGGUCGUGGAAAAAAGUUCUCGUAGUUAUUUACAUACCAGUGUAAAAAGUCACACCUCACUCGUUCCUCCGCGGUUGUGUUGAAGCCAUUUGAAGACGCCAAAGUGACCAGUUCCUCUUCAGCAUGGGGAGCAAACCAGGCCCGGUUCAGAUCGUCACCGUGUGUAAGGAGGACCACUCCUUUGCUCUGGACACCGAGGCUUUGGCUCGGGUUCUGCUGGCCCCCGAGGUCCGAGACAAGAAUGUGGUGGUGGUGUCGGUGGCUGGAGCCUUCAGGAAGGGGAAGAGCUUCCUGCUGGAUUUCAUGCUGCGCUACAUGUACAGAAAGGAUGAUGAAAACUGGCUGGGUGGGGACGAUGAGCCGCUGACUGGAUUUUCUUGGAGAGGGGGAUCUGAACCAGAGACAACAGGCAUCCAGCUAUGGAGUGAAGUUUUCCCUAUCCAAAAGAGCGAUGGAACAGAGGUAGCAGUAGUGCUGAUGGACACUCAGGGAGCCUUUGAUAACCAGUCCACCGUGAAGGACUGCGCCACCAUCUUCGCCCUGAGCACCAUGACCAGCUCCAUACAGAUCUACAAUCUGUCACAGAACAUCCAAGAGGACGAUCUGCAGCAGCUCCAGCUGUUCACAGAGUAUGGCCGUCUUGCCAUGGACGAGAUCUAUCAGAAGCCCUUCCAGUCUUUAAUGUUCCUAAUCAGGGACUGGAGCUUUCCCUACGAAUACACCUACGGGUUUAGAGGAGGCGAGGACUUCCUGGGUAAACGGUUACAGGUUAAUGAGACCCAGCACAAGGAGCUGCAGACAGUGAGGGAUCACAUCCAUUCCUGCUUCAGCAACAUCUCCUGCUUCUUGUUACCUCACCCUGGGUUGAAUGUCGCCACCAGCCCUGUUUUUAAGGGACAGCUUGGUGCUGUUGCUCCGGAGUUUAAAGAGCAACUGAACAGCCUGAUCCCUAAACUGCUGCAUCCCGAUCGUCUGUCUGAGAAAGAAACACACGGUAACAAGGUCACCUGCAGGGGCCUGCUGGAGUUCUUCAAGGCUUACAUCAAGAUUUACCAGGGAGAAGAUUUGCCACAGCCAAAGACUAUGCUCAUGGUAUGUGCUGGAUUAACGCUCCCAACGGAGGCCAAUAAUCUGGCAGCUGUGGCAACAGCCAAAGAUCAGUAUACCAAGAACAUGGAGAGGGUGUGUGGAGGGGACUUGCCGUACGUGGCUCCCGACUCUCUGGAGGAGAAGCAUCACUUUUACUUCCGAGAGGCCCUCCAUAACUUCUCCAAGACCAAGAAGAUGGGCGGACAAGAGUUUAGCAACCGUUACCAAGCAGAGCUGGAGAAAGAGCUGGAGGAAAUGUGGCAGUCGCUCAGCAAGCACAACGGGGCUAAAAACCUCUUCAGUGCCUUCCGGACCCCCGCGGUGCUGUUUGUCCUGGUUUGCCUCCUCUACGUGCUGUCAGGUGUGCUGCUCUUCGUGGGCCUGUCCACCUUCGCCCUAGUGUGUGACUGCACUCUGGGCGUGGUCAUGGUGUCCAUGCUGACGUGGGCCUUCAUCCGCUACACCGGUCGGUACCGCACUGUGGGAGGAGCCAUCGACCAGGCCGCGGGGGUCGUCCUGGACCAGGCCACCGUGGUGUUGAACAAGUCGAGGGGUACCGGCCUCGUUGACCUGAAGAAAUCCAGAUAAAGGACCUCUGGACCUUUUUUUUUGUAACCUUGAUGCAAUGCAACCAGCACACAACACGAGCACACAUUCAGCUCUGAAUUCUUCUCAUGCCUCCCAUCGCCACAUAGAUGCAGGUCAACCACAUCGGCACAAGUUACAGACAUGACGUCAAUCUACCAGCAUCUUAAACCGUUACUCUGCCUGUUGCGCUAACGUAAAGGUGUCUCCAACUCAGGCAGCGAGUCAAAUCAUCCCAAUCCCUCCUCCUGACGCAUCAUGUCUUAAAUCCACACUGCCGUCAUUUUACAAGUUGACAGCUGGUCUUAAAAGAUGUUUACCCUUAAACUUUCAAAACACAAACAUGGCUUUUUACUUCUCAAACGGGUAGUUGGGUGAUUAUCAAAGAAAGCUUCUGCCGUUUGUCUUACUACCCUAUUACCUUAGAGUGCUGGCUUUGAAGCUUAUGCAUUUAUACAUAUCACUCUGUGGCUAUAUUUCUUUACUUUGCGGCCUUGAAACGUUCCAUUCUGUUUGUAGAUUUGCUUUGUAUUUGAUACAAACAAGCAUUUCUACUCUGAACGGAGGAGAGGAUACGCACUUUCUAUAUAGCACAGUUGAUUCUGGAGGUUACAUUUAAUGAGAGUUCAGUUGAAUCUCAUUUGUUUCCAGUGCUUUGCUGUUUAGUCCUUGAUGGAACGUGUUACACUUCAUAGAUUUUGAUACUUUAUACUAGACUCUUAUAGCAAAAUUAUAUAUAGGAACUUGUAUUUGAGACAUUUUUUCAUUCCAAAGACAUUACUGGAAUACUCAAAUGUGGUCCACGCACAAUGUAUUACAACUAGAGACCAGUCAGCCAAAGAGUUAGCUUUUGAAAUGUGAUUUAAACACAAAAAAAAACUUUUUACUUGAACACAGCAAGUGUUGAGCAAACAUGAAAAUAACAAGCAGGAUGUAUCAAACCGUAAUGAGAAUACAAAGUAAAAAGUGAUGUCGUCUGACAGUUUUUCAAUCGACUGCGGCGCAUUGUCAAAACUCCUUAUCGUGUAAUCCUGUUUGCACCUCGGAUCACUCGUUGAUGUGAUGCUUUUAGCGACCAUUUGUAGCCUGUGCUAUCAGCUGCCAGAAAACACAGAUACUUCAAUUUCAAAUCCUCCAUCAGAGGUUCUAUGUGGUCAUUACUAAACUCUACGAGAAAACUUUGUCCAUGUAAAACUUUAUUUUCAAAAUGACCAACUUUUUUUUGGCAAACAAUCCAGUUAACAACAUUGCGUGUGCGGGUCAAAGCUUCCCUUUGAGUGAAUUGGUUGCAUAACGUAUAAUGAACCAUUUGGAAGAAACCUGCAGCUGUUUAACCAGUCAGUCGUAUUUUUCCAACAUUAUAGUCAUGGAAUUUAAAAGCUAGUGUAAACAGUGGAAUUAGUUUGUUUUUAGUUUCCCAUUGCGAGGCAUUUAAGGCCAACUUGGGAUGAGCACGGUUUUGGAUUAAAGGGUUCUGAUUAUUUGAAACUAUGCCCAUUAUCUCUGAACAUCUAGGCGUAUUCUUUUUGAAAGAUUUAACUGGAGAAGUGGGGUAGCAUGCAUUUAUUAUUGUGUAAAGUCUUAUAAAUGACUCAAUGUUCUAAGACAUGACACCAAAAGUAGGACAAUAUAGUCAAAUUAUAUUAGCAUUGUAUUACUACAACAACUAACCAAAUAUGUCCUGCUUUCAAAUACAGAAUUGACACACAAAGCACUAAUAAACAUCAUCUCACGGUGACUGUACUGUACUGCAAGUAUAAAUUAUAAGAAUACAUGUUUAAAAAAGACGUGGAAUAGUACAUGAUGGAAGACUGGCUCAAGCCAUACAUUUAUUUUUUUAACCAUCAUUUUGCACAUUCCAUGUUUGUUGCUUUUGCACAAGAUGAGGAAACCAGCACUUUCUUUUGCACCCCCCUCCUCUUUGGUGCUUCUCACACUGUGCUUGUUCCAAAGGUAAAAGCAUGCAAUAUUGUAGUAAAAGCUGAUUUAAUAAACUUGACUUGACAAAAGCUAUUUUCUAAACAAUAAACAAAGCCCGAAACUGUUAA